AUCUCCACAUAUAAACAAAAACAAUAGAUUAUACGUGUGAAACAGUCUCCAGUCUCAGACCGCUACCCGUAACUAAAGCUAUAAGAGUAUAACUAUAAGGAGUAAACUGUAGAACUAGGGCCCGCUCUAGGAGUAGUAGGACUAGAUUGCCAAUAGUCUAGUCUAGAUCUAAUCUAUAUAGAUUUAGAAAAUUCGUAGUUCUAAUUUACUAUUCAGAGUCAGACUAUUUCCCCGUCCCCACGACUCACGGUGACAAGUCACAAGCCUCACAAAAGCCAAGACUCUAGAUCUAGUCAUCUACACAUGGAUUUAAAUGAUUUGUAUAUUUGCUCUGAGUCGACUAACUCCAACUUUAUGAAGAUCAGUAGUGAUAAAAUCAUUCAAGUAGACUUUCGUCCUUUUCUGACUCAGGCACAGCUAGAGAGUGGCUUUGAAACUAACUGGUUUAAAUCAGAUCAUUUAGAAGAGCUAUUAAAGUUGUUGCAACCUCUCCUUCUAUCCUGCAAUGAAGGCACAGUUGAUAAUGAGUCCAAGAAAAAGUCACCUUCUAAAGACUGUAUUUUAACUGGUAGCACAAUACGAGUAGCAUGCUUAUUGAAAAAGCAGUCGACUCAGAAUAUUUGUCUUUUAACUCAUUUUCACAACAGAAAAAGAACAGUGACCAACAAAAGUUAUACAUCUACAGGUGUGUCAUUACACACAGAGAAGGUUGUGGCUUAUAUUUGUCCUAGAGCCAGUUCCAGAUCAACACACCUAACUCAGCUUGUGGCCAACAAUGAAACAAGUAAAAGUAGUCAAGACCAAGAUCUUAGUAAAUAUUUUCGCAUCAAAUAAAUCAAUGUUAUUCAAGUGACUGGAUCCUUGUCUGAAUACAUUGUCAAAGUAAACAAGAUACAAAUGAGCCACAUUUUUCUUAAUUUGUACAAGUAUACAUUUUGAAAAGUUUUUUUUCAGUUUUAUCCAACUUUUAAGAACUGGGACUAGAUUAUUAAAGUUUUAUAAUCAAG